CCUCAGCCUGCACCUGUACGGUCUCGGAGGGCUGCGGCCAGCGCCAGGGGCCACCCCCAGAGACCUCUGCUGCCUACUACAAGUGGAUGGGGAGGCCCGGGCCCGAACAGGGCCGCUGCGAGGGGGGCCGGACUUCCUGCGGCUGGACCACACUUUCCACCUGGAGCUGGAGGCCGCCAGGCUCCUGCGCGCCCUGGUGCUUGCAUGGGACCCUGGCGUGAGAAGGCACCGGCCCUGUGCCCAGGGCACCGUGCUGCUGCCCACGGUCUUCCGAGGGUGCCAGGCCCAACAGCUGGCCGUGCGCCUGGAGCCCCAGGGGCUGCUCUAUGCCAAGCUGACCCUGUCGGAGCAGCAGGAAGCCCCUGCCACAGCUGAGCCCCGCGUCUUCGGGCUGCCACUGCCACUGCUGGUGGAGCGGGAGCGGCCCCCCGGCCAGGUGCCCCUCAUCAUCCAGAAGUGCGUUGGGCAGAUCGAGCGCCGAGGGCUGCGGGUAGUGGGACUGUACCGUCUAUGUGGUUCAGCAGCAGUGAAGAAAGAGCUUCGGGAUGCCUUUGAGCGGGACAGUGCAGCGGUCUGCCUAUCUGAGGACCUGUACCCCGAUAUCAAUGUCAUCACUGGCAUCCUCAAGGAUUAUCUUCGAGAGUUGCCCACUCCGCUCAUCACCCAGCCCCUGUAUCAGGUGGUACUGGAGGCCAUGGCUCGGGACCCCCCAAACAGAGCUCCCCCCACCACUGAGGGCACCCGAGGGCUUCUCAGCUGCCUGCCGGAUGUGGAAAGAGCCACCCUGACGCUUCUCCUGGACCACCUGCGCCUUGUCUCCUCCUUCCAUGCCUACAAUCGCAUGACCCCACAGAACUUGGCCGUGUGCUUCGGGCCUGUGCUGCUGCCGGCACGCCAGGCACCCACAAGGCCUCGUGCCCGCAGCUCCGGCCCAGGCCUCGCCAGUGCAGUGGACUUCAAGCGCCACAUCGAGGUGCUGCACUACCUGCUGCAGUCUUGGCCAGAUCCCCGCCUGCCCGGAGAAGCUCCAGAUGUCGCGCCGUACUUACGACCCAAACGACAACCACCUCUGCACUUACCGCUGGCAGACCCCGAAGUGGUGACUCGGCCCCGCGGCCGAGGAGGCCCUGAGAGCCCCCCGAGCAACCGCUACGCCGGCGACUGGAGCGUUUGCGGGCGGGACUUCCUGUCUUGUGGGCGGGACUUCCUGUCCGGGCCAGACUACGACCACGUGACAGGCAGUGACAGCGAGGACGAGGACGAGGACGUCGGUGAGCCGAGGGUCACCGCUGACUUCGAAGAUGACUUCGAUGCACCCUUCAACCCGCACCUGAAUCUCAAAGACUUCGACGCCCUCAUCCUGGAUCUGGAGAGAGAGCUCUCCAAGCAAAUCAACGUGUGCCUCUGAGCCAGAGGACAGGGCGGGACCCCGGUUACAAAACUGGGCGCCUGGUGGCGAAGGCGGUGCCCUGGUGACCAAGGAGAGUCAGACCUGUUGCUCAGGCCGAGCUCCUGGUUGUUAGGGAGUUACCAUGGGACCAGUCGCGUGUAUGGCUGAGACUCAUUCCCCGUUUCCAGGGCCCAGUAUUUGGACACUAGUUGCGAAGUCUGGGUACUGGGGAUUUUAGGGACCAGAGGUUGUGACCAUCUUUCCUGAGCACCAAGGGUUUCACCUUUUGUUGCCAAAAAGGCAGUUCUCGCGCUUGCUAGGCUGGCCUCUCUUGCCUCCCCUUGGCCGGGUCAACACCAGUUACGGUGGGCAUCACCCUGGAGUGGUGAGUCACCUCUAGUCGGCCCUCUUGCUGCUGCCAACCAAAUCAGUAUUAGCUUUGAGCACUGCACUCUUGUUUCUCCCUCCCUUGGACGACACAAGGACUAGCAUGAGGCACUGUUUGUGGGAGGCAGCCCCUAUCCUGGGUUCCAGCAUGGACACAGGGGCAGCCUGGGGCUUAUGGAGAAACAGCUGGUUUCCCCCACCCUUUUCCCGGGAAGACCCCACGAUUGGCCUCUAGUCAGCAAAUGGAGAUAACAGAGUCUGGCCUUUCCAAUCCCCAUCCCCUCAUCCCCACCCCUGAAAAGAAACUGAGCACUUAAACCCCUCUCUUUUGGAGGGGCCCCCCAAAGCGUGACGCUGGGGGCAGUCUGGUACGGAACAUAUUUAUUGCCUCCAUGCAUGUGUGUGUGUGUCUGUGAGGACUGGUGUGCGUGGACACGUCUGGAGCAGGCGUGUGGGGCUCUUUCAGGGCCCACAGAGGAGGGUGCAGUUGGCAGUGCCCAGCUACCCUGAAAUCCCCAGUAAUGGUGCCUCAGUGGGCCCCAGAGUUCCAGUGGGAGAGUACGGUUCCCUCCUGUCUCCCUCUUCUUUUCCGCACCUCCAUCUUUGUGGAUAAUAAAUCAAUAUGCACAGGUUCUGAGACUGAGUA